CCGGCCCACUUCAGCUCCCUUCCUCUUCUUUUUCCUUCGCUACCUCCACUCCUCUCCCCCCCCCCCCCCUCCUUCGUCCACAUGGCUUUCUCCUCCCUCGCCCUCUUCCUCCUGCUGGUGCUCCUGGCGGGCGCGACAGAACCUGAGGAAGUCUCGAGGCUCACCGUCAGUCUCUCCUCCCCGCACUGCAAGCAGGUCGACAGUUCCUUCAGCUGCGACUUCAAGAAUAUAGAGGAGCCGGUGUUCCUCGACGAGCUGCCGACCCCCAGAACCUCAAAGGUCUUCCUGCACAAUGCCGGCAGCGUGACGGUGGCGGCGAAGGUGUGUAUUCACCUGGCGUUCUUCGGCGUCUCCAGCAUCACCUUCGACAGGAACAGCGAAUGCCCGACCGACGCUAAGACCUCCCUCCGGCUGGUCGACUCAGGGGCCAACCUCGUGCCUCGUCAUGUGAUCCGCCUCGACAUGGAGGAUUCGUCGGCGACGGUGCUGGAUACCGAGGCGGAGAUGGUGUCCCUGAACCUCUUAAGAUCCUCGCUGGGCGUCCUGCACGUGCCGAAGCCCUUCCGCGCCAACACCAUCAUUAAGCUUGAACACUCGACUAUCUCCUCGAUCGACGGACUCGUCUUGGAGGGCUCCCAGCUGCUUAUGAUCAACACCACCGUCGACACCAUCAAGAGGCACGGCAUCCAGCUGAGGGACUCCUCGGGCAGCAUCUGGCUCGGCUCCUUCAAGGAGACGUAUGAUCAGGCUCUGCUGCUCGGGGCCAAGUCGACGCUGACGCUCAAAGGCAUCGAUGGGAAGAUCACGCUGGCCGGGUCGGAGGAGGCCUCAAGUCUCCGGCACAUACCGACUACUACUUCACGUCCUUCUACUACAAAUCCUCCUUCUCGAGAACCUUUGCCACCUGGUGUGCCUCCCAAGAACGUGAACUUGCCAGAACCUCCCUGUCCGCGCGGUUCUAGCAUAUUCUGGCUCCUUCCGACGGGCUUGGCGCUCGUGGAAGCAAUGAUCAUCCUGGUCAACUGCACCAACUGGUUCCCGGCGCUCAAAGGCGGACGCUUGCGAAGGGGCGUGGAAGAGGGCGGGCGGAGCACGAACACUCUGGAGGGCGUGGCGACUGCAUACAAUCCCAUCCCUGCGUUCUACUAUAGCAAUGAGCCGACCGGGUUUUCAAGUAUGAGUAUGCGGAACAGGCACGAUAAAGCGGCUUGAUUAUGAAGAACAACAAUAAUCUGACUGUAAACAACAAUGCUACUUCGUGUUCCUGAGUGUGUUGUGUUCCUAUGUAUGCAUGUGUAUGUGUGUGUGUAUGUGUGUGUGUGUAUGUGUGUAUGUGUGUGUGUAUGUGUGUGUGUGUGUGUGUGUGUGUGUGUGUGUGUGUG